AUGUUCAUUCGGAUUCUCUGCAUCUCCCAAAGAUUCACCCAGGGGACGGCCAUUGGGCCACGGUGGACUCUGGCCUUCCAGGCCUUGUCUAGCCACGGCCAGCCGGACGCCUUGGCCUGCUGGCCCAUCCCCUGGCGUCCCAGGGACCGGUCCGAGUCUCACUGCAGGGGAGCAGAGCUGGGAGCGGCUGCCGCUGUGAGGGGAGGCCCAGGGCCUAGGCUGGCGGGUCUGGGGACCAACGUGGAGAAGCGCUCCCCGGUUUCCAUGGAGCUGGAAUGGAGGAGUCCCUGGGGGCAAAGGCCACCGCCCCCGUGGGGCACAAGAGGGACUCAGUCCAGCUGCAUCUGCUGCUGGGAGCACUUCAACAACGCUGACUCCAAACAGUGCUGUCUGGUUACAGACGUCGCCCUCCUGUCUCUGAGCCUGGCCAUCCGCACAUGCCAGGGCUCAAAUGCAGCCACCCUGCCUCAGAUCGAUCCGCACCCCUGGGACAGGCUGUUUACUCCUGUCUCUGCUGCCAUCAGGGACAAUACCCCGUAG